AUGGAGGUGGCUGCUUCUGGUGCGGAGACUUCUGCUCCGUCUUCCAGUGCUCUUCACGACGGAAGUUUUGACGGCGUUAGUAUUGACGACGUUGCUGGAUUCGCUGGAGACCUCGGCGCGUCGCUGCAGGAGGUGCUUUCCACGGAGACCUCCAGCGGGACACAUGACGUUGGCGUGGAGGAGGAGGUUGGUGGCGAAGAUGGAAUUAGGCGCAACACCACGCCGAGCGGAAACUCAGCUCGUAACGACCAGCAGCUGGCGAAUGUCGACACAAACGUAUCGCCUCCAGCUGGUGCAGCCCCCGCCGUGUGCGCCAGGUCUGCAGAGAUCUUGAAGCUUCACGAUAGACUCAACGGCCUGGUGUUUCCCAACCUCGAAGACGGGUCAGGAGAGUACGGGGACAAAACAUGGCGGAAAGCGUUUGAGAUGGUCGAGGAGGCCGUCUGAUGCGGAUACGCUCUGCAGAUGAACAAAAAAUCGAAGCUCUUCACGAAGGCCUCCGAGUCGACGUCCGGGAGGCGCAGCAGGUACAACUGGGCGCAGAUCAAGUGUAUCCAUUCGGGGCAACCGAGAGAGACCGCGAGUACCGCGGAUGUCCACGCUCGCAAGAAGACAUCCACCAAGAAGUUCGGAUGCAAGUGGGGGCUUUC